AUGCCACUAGAUACACAUCCCCACUUUCCCGCACCCCCCUCCUCCACUUCCAACAAAGAACACGACAAUGACAACACAAGCACAGCUACCGCGAAGCCAGAACCCCAAUCAACUGAACCCAGUUCCAGGACUAGCACCACUCUUUCAGUCCAGCUGAAGCAAGAAUGUAACGACCUGCUUUCCCAGAUCGAUGGCUACCAAGCCCUCCUCACAUCCACACUACGGAAUCCUCAGCUCGUUGAGGUGCGCCAAUUCCGCUCCAGCGUAGUCUCCGAGCUGCGAAUGCUGGAGAAGCUAGGAAGGCAGAUUGAGGGGGCGAUAGGAGAGACAACUGCAGGACCAGGAACCAGUGAAACGGAAGAUGGCGUGACGUCGCAUGACCCUGAUUUGGAAAUGCGACUGGUGCACGCGCUUCGCUCGUCGAAUCUGCCGUUCUACCAGGCUGUCUGGAGGAUCGCGAGUGGGUCUUGUUCGGGGUUGGUUGCGCUGGGCAAGAGGUUUUACUGGGAUGGGGAGACGAAGGCGACGGAGAAGCAGAGUGCGGGUGGGAAAGGGAAAAUUGGUGGGGCUGUGCACCCGGAAAAGCAGCGAAACAAAGAUAAGCGCAAGAGUGUAUUUGUGGAUGUUGUGGCUGAUGAUGGGGAGGAGUGGGUGAAAGUAUCUACUGUCUCGGAGAGCCGGCUUUUGUUCGAGAUGGCGAAGAAGGGCUGGGAGGGUGAUAGUGAUGAGGAUGAGUGGUCUGAUGGGGGUAAAGGGCGGACUAUUUUGCAGAAUUUUGAUGAAGAAGAUGAAGGGGCUGACGAUGAUGAGUUGGAGCUCAUUAAGCUGGCCCGGGAUCUAAGGAAGGCGUCUGAUGCUACGCGCGUUAGAUAUAGACAUCCUCGGCUACGGGUUGUUAUCCCUAAGAUUGAAGAAGGAAGGAUUCCUGAAAUUGACGCUGUCUUGAACGAGAUGCGGAGCUAUGGUAUUCGCGUUGACUGUCAGGGGAGUCUGCCAGCAGAGACUCGCACUGGACUAGCCCAUCUCCUGCCUCAGCCGUUCAAAAACUUCACUUCGACCCUGAAUGUCGACUGCACUUUGCUCCUUGCCAUGGUAUCUGACUUGUCUCACGUCAAGGAUAUCCCAACGUCACCUCAUUUCCAUAGAGCCAUCGUUCGACAAAUUGAAGUUGAGCGGGAAAAACCACUGCUCACUUCUGAGCUCUGGCCGGCUAUGGAUGCUCAUGAGCUCCUAUCCACCACAGAGGCUGCAGUGCGCUUCCGGGAAAUUGUCGAUACCAUUGGGACAGAGACGGAGAAGAGCCGAUCUCGCAUGUUGCUGGGAGAAACACCAUACGAACAACUCGAUCGUGAGGCUCUUCUCCAGGAGUUUCAAAAAUUGUCUGAUUAUCAGGUGCCCGCAAAUUGGAAGCUCCCCAUCAAAGUCGUUGAAGCUCAGCAAGUGAUUGAUGCGGCCAAGACACAAGGUAACCUUCAUCCUGUGGUACAUGAAGUUGGGAAAGGCCUUUCGGACAUCAACCAUGGCGUUUUUUUGUACGGUUGGGUCACCCGUUUGACAACCAUUUCCAGCAAUCGCACAAUCGCCAAGCAAAUCGAGGCUACCGUCGAGGACAAUCGAAAAGGCGAUGAUAGCUUAGAAGGCCCUGACGUUUGGAUCUGUGAUACAGCGCGAAGUCUGGUUGGUAAAGACAAAGAUCGAAAACCAUAA